AUGAUGACCAUUCUGAUGGCAGCAGACAUUGCGGUUUAGAUCAAAAGUUGCAAUAUUUACAUUUUCGAUCAAAAGUUGCAAUAUACUACAUGGAACGGCAAAAGUCGCCCACUUCCUUUUAUUCCGGUUCAUCUAGUACGCGCCGACACAUGUUGAGAGAUUCGAUACAGAGCACAUCGUGGGGCGCUGAUCGGAGACAACGGAGCCGCAUAGAUGGAUGCGUAAGAAUGGCGGCCUCAUCUUCCGGCAGCAAUUCGUCACUCACUACGAACCUCGUCUCAAGUCGCAGGAACGAAACGAAAGCAAGAGGAUACUCGACAAGAGAAGACUUCAGAGAGAAGGCCGAGUCGAGCCGAAUCGUAGAACCCGCAAGCACGGAUCAUGUUGAUAGGAGCGAAAAAACGGCAUCUGUUCCUGGUGACGAGCGCUCGAGCGCAUCGUGUGCAGGGUUGUCGCGAGGAGAUGUUUCUGAGAAGCACUCCUCGCGAAGUGCACGGCGGCGAACACUUUCGACAAUGGUAGGUAACUAUGCGCGCGGUCAACGCAGUUCCAACAUGCGAACCUCCCGAAACGAGACCCGAGGACAGAGCCGGAGGAGUCGAGACUACCCGCAACAACCGUCAUCUCGAAGCACAGCGCCAUCGACAGAUGUCGGCGGAGAGUCGACUCUCGCAGGUUGUGCUGCCUCUCCAAGCAGUGCUCAGCGGUCGUCGUCCUCCGAGCCGUGCUACGAAUGCGCUCGUUCUUCUAUCCACGAUAUAUUUGAUGAUGAGCGUGCGCGAGGGACGCCAAAAUCACCAGUGCCGGAAAAAGUAAACGAUGCAGAAAUGUCGUCAGGUAGAAGCACAACUGCUUACACCAUCGGACCUGACAAGUUCGGAGAAAUAUCCGCAGCUGCGAAAGCGAAGAGGAGUGCAAGUGCAAGAGGAAGAGCUACUACCUCUCCUACUACUGGUACUUCCGCCGCAUCUUCAUCAACUUCAUCGAGGAAAGGUAAAGGCACUAUGAUAUCAAGUAAGAUUUUGAAUGCAAGGUCACUGCUUGCCACAUUUCUCAUCUCGUGCCAGCAGUUUCUUCUUGUAAGUGCAAAGGUGGCCAACGGCGUAGUGACAUUGGGAAACCGGAAUUCUCCUCUCGCGUACGUCUCGAAAAUGGGGUACGACAUUGGGGAAGGCACUUACGCGGUGAGAUUCAAGCUUUUGCGACCCGUGACGACGAUGGAGAGGGCAGAAAGACUCAAAGUUGCUAUCUUCCUAGACGAGGAGUGGGAGGAACACGACUUAUGAUAAGAUAGAGUCUUUCAAGAUAAACAACUACAAGGUGGUAACCUUCACUGGUUCAAGUCUGAAAAACGAAUUCUCCAGUACUGGUCUCCUACAUAUAACAUCAUCAUCAUGUCCAAGAUUCCCUAAAGCUAAAUCCCUGCGAAGGAUCCCUAACCUAACCUAACCUAAAAUCUGACUGGAGUCAUUCUUUUACCGUCAAUAAUUACAGAACUAGAAGUACUUGAACUACUCCUGCUUUCUCAUUCCCAUGGUCGUCAACGUUCAUAUUUCCUCGAUCGCAAAGUACACAAUUGGGAUUACAAGGAUCCUAAUGCUAAGAGCAUUUGUGAUUACAUGAAGUAUGCGAAGACCACAAGAGACGUAAGCGUUCCCGGUGGAAUGACACCAGAUUGGAGCGGUUGGGAGAAAGGCGGCCUUAAACAGGUGAUCCGACCACAUGUCUGGUAUUUAUGAAGCGACAGCCGGCAUUCUUUCAUCUACUUUGUAAUUAACAGGUAUCAGGAUAGUACUCGUGAUGUCAAUGUUUUGGACGCCAAAUUUCAAUCUGCAGGUACUACUUAAACAGUAACACUUAACCUAGAAGUUUGGCUUUUGUUGUACUGGUAAUAGAAACGAACCAGUCCUCGCGACGACAAUUUCAAACGAUGAUACUGAAUAGAAGACCCCCAUGUUGUAUCAUACCGCAUAUCCAUUGACGCCCUUCAUUGACGUUCGUUGCCAGUGACUGCCCAGGUGAGGGACAAGAGUGGACAGGGGAGAGUCAAAUCGGACAGGCAGGGCAGCUAAAGCUGAGGUGUUGUCUUUGAUAUUUUUUUCAGUUCAACAUCUUAAUCUUAUACCCAUUGUUGAAUACUCCAUCCGCAAUUUCUUAGAACCCAAUGACGUUUAUCUCAUUCUCUUGGUCGCGAUUGACAUUGAACGUUAAAACAUUACAGAUAAGUACCACUUUGGGUAAUGAUGAAUUUCACUUUAGCACUUAAUAAUCCUGUUAGUCUUUUUUCUUACUAUUACAUACUGCUGCUUGAUGAUCAAUAUGAUCUACACCUGGAACUGGUCAAACCAAAAAAAGCAGCAACAGGUUUCAAUUCGAAGCGAAGCAGCAUGAUGGGUCGCAUUUUAGCAAAGAAAUGGAUGGAAUGUUGACGGUCUACAUGUUCAAGCUGCUGCUUUUCGGAUGCUACGGGGUUCACUAUGUACGCCUCUGCGUCGCCCAUAGUUAUGGAGAACUGAUCUUCAGUUCAUCUAACAAAAACAACCUCACAGUUUUUUGUCCAAGUAGUGCUAAAAUACUAUGAUGAUGUUCAGAAUCAGAAGAUAGAGUCACAUGUGGAGGAGACUACAGCUUCGUAGUUGGUAGCAAAAAAUCCACCUUGUUAUCACCACAAUACUAUUUCGGGCAAAAGGUGGUAGAUUCGCUGUCCACUACCGAACAAAAGCCUCUUUCAUAGAAGACAGCACGCAAUUAAGGUGCAGGUGCAUCCAUGCGUUUGGGUGCUCACGCUCGUAAUCGGCUUGCAGUUCGUCGCGACUGUAUUAUCCUAUUUCCAUUUAUGGUCCUACUCAGUGAACGGGACGGGUAUCCGGAUUCUUGACGUCGUGCAGUCUAUUUGUCAGGCGAUAUCUCAAGUCCUGAUUCAGAAUCUGCUGCUGCUCAUAUCAAUGGGGUACUAUUGCUAUUUUGACCUCCUUUGUCCACCGAUAGUGUUAGCAUUCAGUUGGAGUACGAAGACACAAACAAAUCUAAAGAAUAAAGAGUCAAGAUUCCAUUAUGAAUUUGGUAGAACUAGUACAUCUGAGCAAGAACAUAGUUUAAUAUUAGAAGCUAACAAACUGUGUCUAAGUGAAUGACCGCUACACUCCAAAACUCUUACUUUUCAGGUACACGCUCCUCCAGUCUUCGUUGGGUGAGCUGGAUUUGAUCGUGCCGGUGACGUUUAUCUUAAGGCUUACCUUAAUUCAUCUAAUACGGCAUUUUCAACGUCGUGUUUUCAAGGGGAAGACGCUAGAAAGAUGCAUUCGAAGAUGAAUCUGGGUAAGCUCGAAGUAUCGUCAUCGUGAUUAACGUGCUCCUGGUCGCGUUCAGCAAGGCGAAGGAGGACGCCAGCUACAAGUUUUACGAGAACGAGGGCUACACUGGUUGGCUUAUGCUGCUAAUCCGUUUUGCGCUUUACGCAUGGUUCGUCUACUCCAUAAUGGCAACACGGAGAAAAGCCCCUGCAAAAAUCGGAAACUUCCUCGACAAAUUUACUUUACGGGCCACUAGAGUAAUCAUAAAAAUCUCCUCUCAACCUAUACUUAUGAUCGAAAACUGAAAAUAGCCGAGUUACUGACUGAAAUAAGGCAAGUAGCUUUGAAAGGCCACUCCUGCUUCCUGCUUCAGUAUCGCGGUUAUUCUCGUCAGUUACUACUUGCGUAUUUCAGCUUAUCGAAUACGUAUUUAUGAAAAAAGUGACAAAUACAGAGCUCAAAUACUUUGGAUAGAUAUCUUCAUCACGCGAUGGCUUUAGCUAAGUACUUGAAAGGCUGACGCAGCUUUGAAAUAUCUGUAUCAGUAGCAUCCUCUACUCCUUUCUUUCAUAUCCUUGGGCAGGCACCUUGUAUUUUUUGUCGUUUCCGAUCGUUUUCCUCGUCGCUUCGCUCUUUGCUGCCUAUCUCCGCCACAAAGUUAUGGUGAUCGGGGGAUUCUGUACUUCUUAACUCAAAUAUUCUCAAUUUUGAUUACAGAUGAAGAGCUAAAAACUACUUGUCUACCUUAACCUUUUGCUUUCAACCUAGACUUUGAACAACACGUCCCCGAUUGAAGGUACGUUUGCGCUCUCGGUGCGAUGGUUGGAGAACUUGUUUUUGAAAAAAGGCGAAUUUUAUCAAGUCUCGACUCUUGGGUCGUCCAUUCUGCCAGGUGGAGUCCAAUGGGGCUUCGCAAAAGGAGAAUAGGUCAUGAGUUUUCGCCAUGUGAAUAAGAUGAGCCUUGGGCGUCUUGGUGUAGCUCAUCUUCCCUAGAUAAAAAUGUGGUUUCAAUGCAAACACGAAUUUGGAUUCGAAAACACAAUUCUGGAAGAAUAACUGCCUUCAUCACUGCUUCUAACUAAGUGGAAUACUUAGUCCCUUGUCUUUUCUGUGCUAAAGUUUUGAACUAUUUAUUAGUUUCUUUUUAUUUUUUCAUCCUUUUACAUUGUUAGUUUAAUUAGACAAGAUUUUGAGAAGCCGGCACCGGCUACCCCUGCUACUUCCCUACAACCCCUGAUUUUACCUGGUCUUCAUCGUGAAACCGCUCCUGCUUUACAGUGAUUAUAUUUUGGAUUCGAUUAGUAUCUGCAUUUUUUGUUUCGCAAGCACGGAUAAGGACACCAACAGCGUUUAUUUAUGUCGUCUUCAUUACGGAAAUUUUACUUAAUUACCCGGGUAAUCGUAAUGCUGAUGUUUCGCCCCUGCUCUCGUGUUUAAAGACAUUUUCAAGAACAUCCGGAAAAGAGUAGAAGACUCGCUAUAUAUUUUUUCUUCCUCUCGAGUUCAACGUCCUCCUCUUGCUCAAGAUGAUCCAGCUUGGCUAACGACGUCCAUUACCUACAUUUUCACCGUAUUCGGAUAGUUCUAAAAUGUUACGGAGUUCAACAAGUGCGAGUCGAUUUACAGUGGCUGCAGUAACAGUAGUUCGGUUCGUCGUGGUCGUAUACGUAUACUGUCAUCGCAAAUUUCCAUAGAGUCGCCUUCGUGUAUAUCGCUUUUGCAGUUCUUACUUGAAUCCUGAACCCUGUACCCCUUUUCUUUUCAAUGAAUUAACAAUUAAUACUAAGAACUACAUGUUGUUUAUGUUAGCCACGACUACAAAGCUAAUGUUUAUCCUUAUCCGUGUCUUGCCACGGCGAGACUACAACUCCUGUUCCUUCUUCCACUACCAUUGAUGAACUGUGUUUCAUUUGCGUUUUUUGUUUUGACAGGGCAUACGAUGUUUCUGAAUUGAAUUUCUGCGUGAACAAGAUGAAAAGGCAAGUCGUUAGGUGGAUUCAAACGGGCUAUAAUCAUAGCGAGGAUUUAGGAAUCUUGUACCCCUCCCCCUCAAAAGACACUGCGAAGAAUCAUCACAAAUGGACUAUUACAUCUUUGACGAGGCAGCUAUUGCUACGUCUAGGAAAUAUAUUAAAUAUAUAGAAGAACCCC